UCCUUAAUCAAAACUGGACUAGUCAGGAGUGACCUGACCACUCUUUCGCGACUCCUCUACCAGGCGAGUGACACCACCGACUGGCAAACGACUCCUAUAUUUGGUGAGCUAUUAGCCGCGACCUCUUUCUUAUGCGGGUGAUCCCGUUGUACAUUCACCACCGGCGAUUCAUGUAUUAUUAUCAGUUUUAGGCGAACCUCAUUCCCUUUUUUGGGUGGGUUAAGUUUGGAUGAGUUAUUUUGCACCAAGGCUUUGAUUCAUGUAUUUAGGUUAUACACCUCUAUAAAAUUGGAGAUGACUUAUUGUAAUGGAUAUGUUCACUUGAAGGGGGCAUGUUAGGUGUAAGUCUUAGCCUAAUACUAAUUUCUUGUAUGUUUACAUAGCUAACUGUUGUGUAAUAGAGUUAGUUAGCAUUAUUGGAGUCUGUCAGAAUUCUGUUACAUUCUGUUAUAAGUAGUUGUUAACUAGUCGUAUUGUUCCUUAAGGAGCCACACUGCACUUAAUCCAAUAUCAGAGAAUAGCCAAUGAAAAAUCAUCAAUUUAGAUUGUUUGUUGCAUGUACUAAAAAUAGAGUUCAAAGGUUAAUCUCUUUUGUUUCCAAUUUAUUGUUGCAUUGCCAACUUCGUUUUCCAAUUAGAACGUGCCAACCCAUACCAUUAGACAGAAGAACAAAUAAACCCAAAAAUAAGACUUAUCCCAUUCAUGCUCCUUUCUGCAUUUAUGGUGGAUAGAAAUAUGACAGUAAACCAAAUAUCAUUAGAGAGUAGACCAAAAUAAACCCAAAAAUAGGACUAAUACCAAACAAGCAUUCUUUCAUCUCAUGCACAGCUCACAAGCUACAAAUAUCACAGUUUGCAUAGAUUAAAUUUUAUCUUAAAAUUACGUUACAGAGUGGAUCAUGAUUAUGAGGUUUGAUUAUCCAAAAAUAUACAGAAACACUCAUGAACCGGGCUGUACCAUCGCUGAAUAUCCUUCUCCCAUUCUGCUUUUUUAGGACUUUUGAGUGCCAAUAAAUUGGCAUUGCACUCUCAGUUUUUCAUAUAUCACCUUGUGCUCUAACCUUCAAGAGAUAAAGCCUAUUCUAUAGCAUUCUUUGUCAAAGCAUAACAUAACAUUCUUCUCCCACCACUUCUAAUUAGCCUUUUCCAUAUUCUUUGUCGAUUGCAAUGGCUGAUGAGGUGGUUUUGAAUGUAAACAAUGAAGCCUCUAAAAAAUGUGAUAGCAUUGAAGAAGACUGUGUGCCACUUUUGCAGAAGUUGGUAGCAGAAGUGUUGGGCACAUACUUUUUAAUAUUUGCAGGUUGUGCGUCGGUGGUGGUGAACCUUAAUAAUGACAAGGUGGUGACACUUCCUGGGAUUGCAAUUGUUUGGGGACUGGCUGUUAUGGUUUUAGUUUACUCUAUUGGUCACAUCUCAGGUGCUCAUUUCAACCCAGCUGUUACCAUUGCUCAUGUUACCACCAAAAGAUUUCCCUUGAAGCAGGUACCAGCUUAUAUAUUAGCUCAGGUCAUUGGAUCCACCCUUGCAAGUGGAACUCUCAGACUUAUAUUCAGUGGAAAAGAUAACCAUUUUACAGGAACACUUCCUGCUGGUUCUGACCUGCAAGCUUUUGUUGUUGAAUUCAUAAUCACUUUCCUCCUCAUGUUCGUCGUCUCCGGAGUUGCUACUGAUAACAGAGCGAUUGGCGAGUUGGCUGGGCUUGCAGUUGGAUCUACAGUAAUGCUAAAUGUGUUGUUUGCAGGGCCAAUUACUGGAGCAUCAAUGAACCCAGCAAGAAGCUUAGGACCUGCAAUUGUGCAUAAUCAGUACAAAGGAAUAUGGAUAUACAUGGUUUCACCAAUUCUGGGUGCAGUGGCUGGUACAUGGGCCUAUAGUUUCAUCAGAAUCACCAACAAGCCUGUGCGUGAACUCACCAAGAGUUCCUCUUUCCUUAAAGGAGCUAAGUGAUACACAAGAGUCAAUGUAUUAUUUUCUCUUGAUCAUUUUGUUGGUUUGAAGAUCACCAUGUACUAGGGUUCAACUGUAAGAAAGAAUCACUAGCUAGUGUGUGAAAAGUAAUCACUAGUUAGGGGUUUUUUGCAAAUAUAUAACCCAGUAAAACAAGACAGCCAGUGGGAAUGUAAACUAAUGUUUCUAUCAAUUUUUUAACUUUAAUUUUUGUUAAUUAAAUUGGAACUUUAAUUUAUCUCUUUA